AUGUUGUCGACCGACAAUAGCAGUGAGAGUGAUUUGUCUCUUGUAACCAAGUGGUGGAUGUUUAGUUCUCUACCACAUCGAAAAUACAGUACACAUCCAGUGAACAAAGCGAGACAGGAACUUGGAGAGUACCACCAUCUUUUCCUCGAAUUGAAGAGACACAAGGAAAUAUUCCACUCCUACAUGAGAAUGUCGAUAGAUACAUUUGGUUACAUACUCGACAAAGUUGAGCCUCUACUGGACGACCGCAAGUACACCAACUUGCAUACUAAUCCAAUUCUUGCUAGCUAA